AAGAAAUGAGAAAAAUGUGCAGGCGAGCAUUCAAAUAAAUGUGAAAUAAUGCAAUGACAAUGAAAAUGUGAAAUGUGAAAUAAAAAUGCAAUAAUUGAAUGAAAUGUGAAAGACGUGAAUUAAAUAAUUGAUUUCAAUUGAAUUAAUUAAAUGCAAAUCCCUUAUAGAGCAAACAAAAGCGUGAAAAAUUCAUGUUUUCCGUGAGUGUGUAUAUACGUAUGUGUGUGUGUGUGUAUGCGCGUUGAGAAUUGAAGUACUUGAAGAAAAUCUUUGCUAGCUGCCUGCUGUUGGGAUACACUUUUGGGUGGCGGCGACAACGACACCGACGACGACGACAACGACGCCAACAAUAACGACAACGACAACAACGAAGUUGAAGCGCUUGAACCGUAUUGUGCUUGCUGUUGUUGUUGUGGAGUAGUAUAAGCAAAAAAUGUGUAUGUGCCAGAAAGUGAAACGAAAACGGGAACACGCCUUUUAAAGCCAGCAAAGCCUUCAGCCAUCAGCCACUAGUUUGCUAGCUCCAGCUAAGCCAGCUAAGCAGCGCCCAACCGAUAACUGCCAAGCGCAAUACGGACAACAAAAACGAGCAGGAAUUUCAAGCGCAGCCUUAAAUGGUUUGACGUUCAUCAACUUCUCCACCACAGCAAUAGAAUUUCACAAGCGCACAUCAACCUUCACAACUUCUAGUCAUUAUGGGUAAGGAUCAAGAAUUUCUGGACGCAGCACGCAAUGGCAACAUCACCUAUAUCGAAAAGGUGCUCAGUCAGCGCGCCAAGCGUGCCGGCCCACUAGCCAGCUUACGACGUGGACCCGGCGUCAAUGUGCAGGACAGCGGCGGCUACUCAGCGCUACAUCACGCCUGCCUUAAUGGGCACAGCGACAUAGUGCGACUACUACUAAACAAUGAAGCUUCGCCGAAUCUGCCUGACUCACGUGGCUCUUCGCCACUGCACUUAGCCGCUUGGGCGGGCCAUCAAGAGAUUUUGAAAAUGUUGCUUACACAUCCGUAUAAGCCGGCACAGCCAAAUUUGCAAACCAUCGAAAACGAGACGCCAUUGCACUGUGCCGCACAACAUGGCCACACAGGCGCAUUGGCGGUACUGUUGGCACACAAUGCCGAUCCAAAUAUGCGCAAUUCACGUGGCGAAACACCACUCGAUUUGGCGGCACAAUAUGGCCGUUUGCAGGCGGUACAGAUGCUGAUACGCGCACAUCCCGAACUGAUCGCGCACUACAGUGUGGCGGCAAUUGAGGGGGUGUCUAGUAGUAGUGGUGGUUGCGUUGGACAACAGAGUCAGAAAUCGCGUCAUUCUUCACCAUUACCACACUCCGGUUCAGUUUCGACUCCUUCGCCUUCAUCACCAUCGAUAACUUCUUCGCCUGCGACACCAACUCGGAACAUCUUUCCACAUACCUGCCUCCAUGUGGCCAGUCGUAAUGGACAUAAGAACGUGGUUGAGGUGUUGUUGGCUGCAGGGGUUAGUGUUAAUCUGCUCACACCAUCUGGUACGGCGCUGCACGAGGCGGCACUCUGCGGCAAAGAGUCGGUGGUGCGUACACUGCUUAGGGCUGGCAUCGAUUUGAAUGCGACCGAUGCAGAGGGACGCACUGCAUUGGAUAUACUCAAGGAAUUUCCACCGCAUGUGACCAAGCAUAUUAUUGCUGUUAUCAAUAAUUUCCGCAAUCAAAUGGACGUAGAUGAUAACGACGAUGUGGUGGUAUUUCGCCAUCAGCACCCGCCGCCGCCACCCCAGCGACAAAGUAGCAGCCUCAGUCACUAUCAGAAACAGCAACACAAUAAUCACUACCACUUUAACUCAAAUAAUCAUUUACUUAACCACACGCACUCACUGCAGCAGUCUUCCCCGUACGCUAACAAUAGUGGAAGCGGAAGCGGCGGUGGUGGUGGUGGUGGUGGCGGUAGCAGUGGUGGCAAUAACAGUAACAGUAAACAACGCUAUGGCACAAAUCUCAAUGGUGGCAAAUCACUGGACAGUGGCCUACAGCCGGACCAGUAUGGCAUCGGUGGACGCGGUGGCUAUCACGAAGUGAAUUCUCCUGUGCACAGCACAUCCAACAACUCGCAGAAUGAAAUGGGUGUGAGUCCGUCAUCGUCGAUGAGUAGUUUUGAGCCAGUUUCGGUGUCACCACGUUCACGUUCUUCAACGGGCGGCAUAAUUGCUAUGGCAGCCAACAAUCCGAUGCAUAUGAGCACUUUUGCACCAGGUGCGCCACCCAAAAAACCACCGCGACGCAACUUGUCCGUUUCGCCUACCCACUCAGGGCAGCAAUUUACUUACACCUCACCAAACCAUCAUCAACAACAACCACAAGCGCGCACGCGCCAGCAACAUCAUAGCAGCGUGGGUGGUAUGAGUUUUGAUGAGACAACCCAGUUGCGCGAGCGUCAGCGAAGUGAUCGUCUAUAUGCGAGUACUAGAGAGAGUGCAAGUUCGACGACGGGUACACUCUUGACAUCGAGUUCAAAUGACAUGUUGGAGCGCAUGAACUAUAGCAGCGAAGAGCGCGCCGAUUCCGCGGAUGGUGUUGCUACAUCCAAUUCUAUGAAACGCCCAUUGAACAAAUCGCGUGAUGUGAGCACCGAUAUUAUAAAUUGCGAAAAUCCCACAUUGAAGUCGUACAAUCCAAAUAGGAAGCUUAAAAGGAAUCGCAACAGUUAUUCGCUCAGCAUCAGUGAUACCAAGGAGAACGAUGCCAAACCGAAAAUACCGCUCAGUCCGACAAAUUAUCAACAACCACCAACACCUGAUCAUCCGCCACCCUCUUCCAGUCAUGCCGAACGCACUAUACACGAGCGCAUACGUCCGCUCAGCAUGGAGUACAAGCGACGAUCGGCGCUCAUACAGUUACAACAACAGCAGCAGAAACACAGUAAAAGCAUGAUCGAUUCGAGCACAUCACCUGCCAAGCAUUGGCAGACUGCAUUAAUACCGACGCCUACAUUCGAUUACCCCGUUGGCAGUUUAUCCCCAAAGCCAAGCACCAAUGCCUCACCCACAACGACACCAUCGCAUGCGCGGCGCAGCGGCACUGGCAUACAAGGUUCCUCAGGUUCGCUAAGUUCUAGCGUUUCACUUUCCGAUCACAGCAUCUCCACCGAUUGUGUUGAGGAAUUUGUCGGCGAUGCACCCUUUGCGGGUCUUUUCAAGGGAUCGAGUGUUAAUUUACGCCAUGAGAAACGUACAAUGGGCAAUCGCAAGCUCGGGAUCCCAUUGGCAGCACGCAGCGCAUCCGCCUCGGCAGCGGAGGGUCAACAACAGCAGAAGCAACAACGAAUGCGACCACCUAUACCGACCAAACCCGUUUUACCUGAAUGUAAUAAAGUGCUCAAAUCGUUAACAGUCCCUAAUAAGGAUUCCAAAGUAUCCACCACUCAAGAAGGUUGUGAAGAAGGAGAAAUACGGGGUGAUAAUUCUAGUCACGUAAGUCAAAAUGUGAGCAUCUGCUUGGAGGGUGAGAAUGGAAAUGGCAAUGAAAAUGAAAACGAAAAUGAUGAGAAUAAUGGUAAUGGUAAUGGUACCAGUAACGGCAAUAGUAAUGGAAAUGAGGAUAUCGACGCGGCAUCCACCACCCAAAGCAGUGGCAUACUUAGUCCUUUCAAUGCGGAAGAGGCGCGCAAGAAGAUCUCGGAGAUUAUCGAGUCCUUCGGCAGCGGCAUCUUGAAUUCGACUUUAACACCGACAAACGAUAUUGAACUAGAGUUCGAUGAAGCGAUCGAACCAGGCGAACGGCGUGAGUUAGCCGUGCGACUAAGGAAUGUGGGAUUGCUGCAUUUGGAGCGCAUGCUCUUCGAAAAUGGUUACGACAACUUCAGAUUUGUGAAUGGCGUCUUUGAGCCGAGUGACACUCAACUGAUGGAUAUACAAGCUCCAGAUGCAAGUAAAUUGAUCUCAUUUGUGCGAACACUACCGAAGGCAGAGUUUCAGCCGCAAAUUCUUGCCGCAAAUAAAGAAAAAGAGAGUAAAACAGCUAAGGAUAGCGAUACAGCGGCAGAGAAGAGGGGUGUGACGACGCUAAGUGAAUGGCUGCAAAGUAUUAGCUUGCCGGAGUACAUCGAAUCGUUCAGCAAACAUCUGUACAACACUAUCGAUAGUGUUUGUGGAGUAUGGGAUGUCGAGCUGCAAACAGUUUUGGAGAUCAACAAGCUCGGCCAUCGACGACGCAUACUCCAAUCGGUAGCCUACAUAAGACAAAUACGAGAGCCAAAUAAAACAGACAAAAGUGGAGAAGCCGAAAACCACGAAGUCACGAAAAUCGAACCAUCCGCGAAUGGCGAAUGUGGCAACAAAGAACCGCAACCAAGAAAACAACAACAGGCACAGCCUCAGCAAAGAACCUCAGUUACGGGUUAUAGAAAAAAUCGACCCGCGCCUCAACCACCAACUGAGAAGCCACAAUUGCAAAUACGUGCACCUUCCGAACUGCUGCUCGGUUUACCAGUAAAUUUACGCACAAAAUGGCGACAUUCGGCGAAUGUUUUGCUCAACGAACAAAUCAAAUAUGAAGUUUAUUACCUGGGCUCGACGGUUGUGAAGGAGUUACGUGGCACCGAGUCGACACGUAAAUCAAUACAAAAACUCAAACGCAAUGAUAUUGAUGAACAACAACAAAAAGUAAAUCGUUCAGCGAAAUUGCAACAGAAAAAACCAGCGCUAGUUUGCUUGGCCAUAUCGCAUUUGGGCGUAGAAUUCAUUGAUGUGAAUAGUAAGCACACAAUUUGUGAACAUGAAAUACAAAAUAUCAACUGCGCCUGCCAGGAUUCGGAUGAUUUACGGCAUUUUGCUUACAUCACCAAGGAGCUGGAUAUCCACUACUGCCAUGUCUUCUAUGUCGAGAGUACGGACCUGGCCACCGAUAUCAUACUAACGCUAGGUCAAGCCUUUGAGGUGGCCUACCAGCUGGCUUUGCGUGAUGGCAUAACACAAACUUCGGCGGCAGCGUUCAGUGGCAACUUACUACUAAGUGGCAUCAGCACCGGUGACGCAGUGACAGCUGAAUAAAAAACAAACACACACAAAGCAGAGAAGACAGAAAAGACAAAUUGUUAAAUUAUUUAGCUCAAAUUAAAGUUGUGUAAAAAUGAAUUGAAAUGAAAGAAAAAGAAAAAACAAAACGAAAAAGUAAAUUAUUUAGCCAAAAUCUGCAAGGUAAAAUUGAAAAAUUAAAAAAAAAAUAUAGUUGUAAUAAGAAAAGUGCAUAAGUGUUGUGCUUGAAUACCAAAAACAAAAAAUACCAUACGUACUAAGUUGGUUUAGGUAGAAGCAUUCAAAGCAUUCUUAAUUCACCUUGUAAUGUUUUAAAGAAAAAAAAACGCAUUUUAAUAAAUUUUUAUUUGUAUUUAUUAAAGAUUUUAGCGAAUUUUGCAUUAUUUUUAAUGCCUAGAAUUUACAUUUUAAAUAGGAUUUUAAUUGUUUAUUCACGAUUUUAGCAGAAAAAACACUUCCGUUCCAACACCAAGAGAAUUUAUGCUGGUUAUCUCUUUUUUUAUGAAAUUGCUAAA